AUGGUUUCCAGUGGAAGACAAAAUUGGAUGUAUGGGAUGUGUUUGGAAAAAAGAGAUUGUAUGUUAGUAGAUAGGGAUAAUCAAGUUCGAGUUAUUGAUUCAAGCAGAAGAAUUGUUCCUAAAAUUUCUUAGGUUUUGGAUGAUCUAAAAAUUUCUUAGGUUUUGAAUGAUCUAAAAAUUAAGAAUUAAAUUUAAGAGAAGGAAUUUACAAACUAUUUGAGUUAAUAUUAACUAUUUAAAAGAUCCAUUCGAAGCAAUCAUUAAUUGUUGUAAUUGACUCAAAAAAUCAAAGAGCAAUGCAAAGAAGAUGAAUGUUUGAUUGUGUAUGAACAAAGAAAAGCCAAAAUUUGGGAUUUUGAAGGUGCAGUUGUAAAUGAAACUAAAAAAUAUUAAUAACCUACUAAGAUCCUGAGAUUGAUACCGAAAACAUCUGAAAUGGGUGAAUUCACUAAAAUUAUUGACAAUUCAGAUUUCUUAUAAAUGAAAUGA